AUGGCGGAUGCUCUACCCUAUGGUUUCUGCUUACCGAUUGACAUAUCAAAGCUAGAGAACAGCCGGAUGAGCCUAAUACCUCUCCAGUUGUCCUGGGACAUCAUGACAAGUCGGGCAGACUGGGACCGGCUCUGCAGUAUCUACGUGAGAGAAACAUUGCCAUACCCCGAACUAUUCGAUCACGUAUCAUUCGGACCAUUUCGCCACAACAACGAGUUCCGCAGGCACUUCGACGUCCGUUGUCUGCAGGAUCACGGCACGAUCAUCCUCGCCAUCAUCCUCAAACGAUGUACGAUCCGCAAGCGGAGAGGAGGUGGCGACAUCAGUGGUGGUGCGAACAAUGUGGAUGAUCUCGAGGUCGAGGAUGGGACAUUUGCAGGCACUAUCGGGCUCUUGAACACUGAUGUCAGCCGUUCGAGGACAGAAGUCGGCCAUAAACCAAAACCACGCAGAGGGUCCGAGGGUCCAUCCAUUGAUGAACCGUUGAUCUACGCCUCUGACACCCCAUCUCCAAAGAUCGUCAUCUUCCCGCGCUUCCAAAGGACCUUCGUUGGCACGCACGCCCACGGCCUGCUCCUGCAACAGUGCCUGGACCCUCUUCCGUCCGGGCUGGGCCUGCGUCGCGUGCAGUGGCAGGCCAACUCGCAGAACACGACGAGCAUCCGUGCAGCGCAACGGAUGGGGUAUCAACUCGAAGGAAUAAUGCGCUGGGAACGCGCCCUUGCUGAGGGAAAGACCGGGAUCGGGCCAAGCGAUGCGCAAGGGAAGGGUUUGCCUAUGCUUGAUGCCAAUGGAAAGACGCUAGGGAUUGGGAGGCAUUCAGCCAUGCUAGCUAUCUGCUGGGACGAUUGGACGGGGGGUGGUGGGCGUAAGAGGGUUUUGGAGUUGAUGAGCCGGUGA